AUGCUAAACUAUCCAAACUAUAUUUGGCUGUCGCUGAUCAUCGGUGUCGCGGUUACUGAGUCACUGCCUCUGGAAGAAGUGACAGUUGGGAGCUUGGAUUGUAGGGAAAACACUUGCAUGGGACUGGAUUAUCCCAACCGCACAGAGGUGGCCAUCUUCACCGAGAAGGUCACCAGAAAUCUCAUGAGCUACAAAUCGCUGAUUCUGCACAGUUCUCAACUGACCAACAUGCCCAAGAAUGUGUUCCACCAGCUGCCCCAACUCGCGGAGCUUUAUGUCCUGGAGUGUGGAGUACAGGGAAUAGAGAGAGAAUGCUUCGAAGGUGCCCACAACCUGAGGAAAUUGAAUUUCGGAGGAAACUCUCUCAAAAUGCUGGCAGACAACACCUUCGAACUUGCUACGGAAUUGGAGGAGCUCAAUUUGUCCGACAAUCAAUUGGAGGAACUUUCGCCAAUGCUAUUCUUGCCACUUAAAAAGCUUCAGAAAGUCAACUUGUCCAGCAAUCGGUUAAAAACCAUUCCCCAGGUUAUAUUCUCCCAAUUAGCCUUUCUGAAUUCCGUUGUUCUGGACAGUAACCAGUUAACGCAACUGCCAAGCGACCUAUUCAGAGAUCAGCUUAGGAAUCUGUCGGAAUUCUCCGCUAAAAGCAAUUUGCUGAAACAAGUUCCUUCGAACAUAUUCCUAUCGGUUGAGCACCUCCAACUCUCGUUUAAUCCGCAACUCAAAAGGCUUCGACUCACAGGCAGAAUAUAUGAUCUCCAUGCCACCAAUUGUGGCCUGGAAUCAGUCAAGUUAGAGGGACCUGUGGUCAGAGUCCAACUGGAGGAUAACUUGAGUCUGAAUGAGUUGAAAAUAUCCCAGCCUCAGGUUCUGGAACAGCUCUAUCUGGCCAACACCAAGCUCUCCAGACUCGACUUUCUGUCCAAGGCCAGUAGCUUGGUUGACUUGGAUGUCACCGGCAUUGAGAAUCUCUCGGAUCUGCCUCAGAUUUCGUCAGCCGCAGGUCUGGAGCGGCUGAGCUUCACCUAUGAAAACACAAGCUCGGAUCACAUGGACAUGCUGCCCCAGCUGAAGGAUCUCAACUAUUUAGAGAUAACCCACGACAAGACCCGGGAGGUUUAUAUCAAGGAUCUGGAUGAUGAUUUCCUUGUCAGCGAUGCUCAAAUUCAUUGCGAUCAGUUAGCAGAUCUGUUGGAGUAUGUGGAAUUGCCCAAGGACACGACGAUAUUGGAAGAUCGCAUAGUCGGAGAUCGACGAGAGCCCCUCAGAUGUGCAGCUGCGUAA